GUUUCAUCAUUUUCUGUCUAAUCAGCCGUCUGCUGCCUGCCCGCACCCGCACCCUUUCCCUAUACUCUCCGACCGACGCCGAACAGCGAACAUCUCCCCUCAGUCAACUCCUCUAGAGCUGCAGCAGCUCGCAGCUCAGCUCCCACUCGCCUCCGUUCAGCAAUUCCCGGCCCCCGAUCAGCCAACAACGGCGAGUCCUCCGACGCCAACAACUGAGCUUUGUGAUGGUGGUUGUGGCUUCUAGAGCCCCCCGUGCUUGAAAUUUAGCUUGUGGAUACAAAUGAAAUUGAGAACUGGAAAUGCCGACGCUGUUUCAAAGCUAUGCUGGUUUCAUUGGGUAUAGAAUUAGGUAUAGAGUUCUGGUUAUAAUGAUUCUCUAUGCGUUCUCCAAGGGUGUUGGAGUUCAUCUUCUAUCAAGUGUGAUGGUUUCUCUGUCACUAUCCCUUCUUGUUGUGUACUUGCUAUUGAGAACUGCAUAAAACGAGCUGGCGAUGCUUGUAGUUGUCCUUCCAAACAUUUCCUGCUCUUCAGCAGUCCAGUCGAUUUCUGAGCCUUAAAUCGAAGUAGAAAAGGAUCAGAAAUCUGGCUGGAAAACCAACUUUGAAAUGGUUUUUGUUUAAGUUGGAUGCUUUGAGUUGAGCUUUGGUGCUUGGCUAGAAUAUUAUCCUCUUGCUUGCAGGUUUAUCGUGAAGUGAACUGUUUAAACCAACGGAAGCCCAAAGAGCUGAGGGAACUCUCUGGUCAAUUUUUCUAAUUGAACCCUGAAUUCUAUUGUUUGAUCCACUAUGCCGUCUUCAUCCGCAGCCACAGUUUGCUCGACUAUGUUGUCUUCAUCCGUGGUGGUUGUCCCCCAUCGUUCCUCCAACAUUAUGCCUUUUUCUCCUCUGAAGUCUCAAAAGAGGAUGCCACUGAUAAGGGCUAUGAGUUCAGACACAGGACACGACCAGCCUCUUACAUCUUCCAGUACUAAGAGCCCACUGUCAGUUGUUUUGGAGGUUCCCCAAACUCUGUGGAGGCAGACACUUAAACCUUUGAGUGAUUUCGGGUUUGGAAGGAAGAGCAUUUGGGAAGGUGGGGUGGGAUUAUUUCUUGUAUCAGGUGCAGUGCUUCUCGCACUCAGUUUGGCUUGGUUGAGAGGGUUUCAGCUUCGCUCAAAAUUCAGGAAAUACCAGGCUGUAUUAGAGUUUUCUCAGGCUUGUGGUAUUUGCACCGGGACACCAGUUAGGAUUAGAGGGGUGACUGUUGGCAACGUCGUUAAAGUCAACCCUUCCUUGAAGAGUAUCGAAGCAGUAGUGGAGGUUGAAGAUGAUAAAAUAAUCAUACCGAGGAAUUCUCUGGUUGAGGUUAAUCAGUCUGGUCUCCUAAUGGAAACCAUGAUCGAUAUUACCCCUCGUGACCCUAUUCCAACACCCUUAAAAGGACCUCUUGAUUCGGACUGUGCCAAAGAAGGCCUUAUAGUUUGUGAUAGGCAGAGGUUAAAGGGACAUCAAGGAGUAAGUUUGGAUGCUCUGGUCGGGAUAUUCACUCGUCUUGGACGUGAGAUGGAGGAAAUCGGUGUUGCCAAUACUUUUUCACUGGCUGAGCGUGUGGCUGCUGUUAUUGAAGAGGCACAACCGCUGCUUGGAAAGUGAUCUCUCAGAUCCAAGCCAUGGCAGAAGAUGUCAAGCCUCUGUUGGCUGAGGUCCGUGAAACCGGCCUGGUGAAGGAAGUUGAGGUUUUAACUAGAAGCCUUACUCAAGCUUCUGACGAUUUAAGAAAGGCGCAUACAUCAGUUUUGACGCCUGAGAACACCGAGUUAAUUCAAAGAUCAAUUUAUAGCCUCAUUUUCACUUUGAAGAACGUGGAGAACAUAAGCUCAGAUAUUCUGGGAUUCACUGGCGACGAGGCUACGAGGCGAAAUUUGAAAGCACUUAUCAAGUCCCUCAGCAGGUUGCUGUGAAGUCAUAAAGUGCAAGUGUAAGAACUGCAGCUCCGUAGACGAGGCGAAAAUGAGAGGAAUGCAAUCUGAUUCCGGUCCCUGUAGGUUCUCUUUCUUUUGGUUUUUCUUGUUUGCGAUGCUAGCUAGUGCUGAAGAGCUGUAACUACUUAGUUCAUUUUUACUGGCAGUAGUUUUAUCCAGUCAUUGAUGUUUUCCUUAUUGACUCGCCUUGUUUCCCUUUGUUGCCAAGUCAUGGAUAUUCUCCCCAAGUCCGAACAAAUGGGCGUUCUCAUCCCUACAUUAACAUCAGUACUAGUACUACGCCGUGUUGCCGACCCUAUGAUUUAGUGAUCAUUUUAUCAAUACAAAUGUCUCUUUCAAUAAUUAGUGCAUUAAUUUAGGUUUAUUCAGUUUCUUUUUCAUUGUCAUGGAC